UACGCGAUAUCCUCAUAAACAAAACAUAGACUAACCCUUCGAUAUAACGCGGAAGUCGAGUAGAGCCGACCGCCUGCCGACAUAUUGAUUCGACCCGGUGCAAAUCCGCCCUGUCCACGUCCGCGUUCCGUGGGUAACAGAGCGAUACGGUUCGUCGAUAGUCCGCUUGGCGCGUCUCACGAUUUCCUAAUCAGGGACACCGACGGAGAAAGGGAUUUCGCCCAUCGGAUAAAGUUCGAGUAGGCCUGGACAGGGGUCCUAGCGAGAAGUGCGCCGCUAGUUCGUUGCCGCGGCCAUUACGCGAGCAACGUCGAGUGUGAGCAAUCGUAGUCCGACGUAAUUCUAUCUGCCUGAUACGUGUUUGCGGAACGAGAUUGAGUCGCGUCUGAUCUUUCUGUUCGUCGUCGUGCAUCGUGCAGUCCUAUUGGAAAACAGGUAACUAGAGCGUCGACAUGGGGAAGGAGAAGAUUCAUAUAAACAUCGUGGUGAUCGGGCACGUCGACUCGGGUAAGUCGACCACGACCGGACAUCUGAUCUACAAAUGCGGCGGCAUCGACAAGCGUACGAUCGAGAAGUUCGAGAAGGAGGCGCAGGAGAUGGGCAAGGGCUCGUUCAAGUACGCCUGGGUGUUGGACAAGUUGAAGGCUGAACGCGAGCGCGGUAUCACGAUCGAUAUCGCCCUGUGGAAGUUCGAGACUGCGAAAUACUACGUGACCAUCAUCGACGCUCCUGGCCAUCGCGAUUUCAUCAAAAACAUGAUCACCGGGACGAGUCAAGCAGACUGUGCCGUGUUAAUAGUCGCGGCUGGUAUAGGUGAAUUCGAAGCAGGUAUCUCGAAGAACGGACAGACCCGCGAGCACGCUCUGCUCGCGUUCACGCUUGGCGUGAAGCAAUUGAUCGUUGGCGUGAACAAGAUGGACAUGACCGACCCACCCUACUCGGAGACCCGUUUCGAGGAAAUUAAGAAGGAGGUGUCAUCGUACAUCAAGAAGAUCGGCUACAACACUGCCACGGUAGCGUUCGUGCCAAUCUCUGGCUGGCAUGGUGACAACAUGCUGGAGCCGUCGCCGAAGACACCGUGGUACAAGGGAUGGAAAGUGGAGCGCAAAGAUUGGAACGCUGAGGGGAAGACCCUGAUCGAAGCCCUAGACGCUAUAUUGCCACCGUCCAGACCUACCGACAAGGCUCUGCGUUUACCGCUCCAAGAUGUUUACAAGAUUGGUGGUAUUGGUACUGUACCGGUCGGUCGCGUGGAGACUGGUAUUCUGAAACCAGGUAUGCUGGUGACUUUCGCUCCAGCUGCACUCACUACUGAAGUGAAAUCGGUGGAAAUGCACCAUGAGGCAUUAACGGAGGCGUUGCCCGGUGACAACGUUGGAUUCAACGUGAAAAAUAUCUCGGUGAAAGAGUUGAGGCGUGGUUACGUGGCUGGUGAUUCCAAAAACCAGCCGCCACGGGGGGCCGCCGAUUUCACGGCACAGGUGAUCGUCCUGAAUCAUCCUGGACAGAUCAGCAGCGGCUACACGCCGGUGCUCGAUUGCCAUACCGCUCAUAUCGCGUGCAAAUUCGCGGAGAUCAAGGAGAAGUGCGACCGCCGUACCGGAAAGACUACCGAGGAAAAUCCGACGAGCAUCAAAAGCGGGGACGCUGCGAUCGUAACGCUGCAACCCACUAAGCCGAUGUGCGUCGAAGCUUUCCAAGAAUUCCCGCCGCUAGGCCGUUUCGCUGUUCGCGACAUGCGUCAAACUGUCGCCGUGGGCGUCAUUAAGAGUGUCACCUUUAAAGAUACCCAGGGCAAGGUCACAAAGGCCGCGGAGAAGGUCCAGAAGAAAAAGUAACCAUCAAGCUUCCUCGGAAGCUCGCAGACCGCCGGCUGGUGCCCGACGAGCAUCUCCGUGAAGGGAUCCUCUGACCGGAUGCAGUACGCCGCGGCUGCUCCAUUCAACUCAUACUCGACUAAUAAUAAUAAUACAAAAAGUGAAAAGAUGUUGUGCUUACCCCCGUUACAUUAUCCGGUAGUAUUGAAUCCGCGCAUCUAUCCGAAUUUGCACAUUCAGUUCACCCACGCCCCGCGCACACCCCACAUAUGCUAGGUGGAUUCUUACGUUUUUACUUAAUUCUUUACAUUGACGAAUAUGUGUCCAAUUACAAGUAAACAACAUUUAAAAAGGAAAAAACGUAAAAAACAAAACAUACUCAGUUCCCUUGAACUCUGUGUAGUUAGGUUUUUCAAUUAAAUGUAACAACAACAUUACACACCGAUGACCAGACAGGAUGAUGUCGUGUGAACACAGCUUAAUUAUGUCAAAUAAAACACACGAGGCAGCGGCUGGCCACGACUAGCAGUGAUUCCGCUACACUAUGAUAUUCGACUACACUAUGUUCACAGUUCGUGAGUUUAUGAGAGAAACGAGGUGCGUACGUACAUCCAUAUAUACACAUACACACGUUCAUACACCGCGAGGAACCCAAUACGACCGAAGAACCUGACGAUUCAAAUUGGACACACAAAUGGCUGCCUGCUGCUGCCUCGCAUCCCGUGACUUUUUAAUCGAUUUCUUUCCGAAGGAUUCGUUAAAGGCUGAUUUGUUCGAAGACUUAGUUGCCUCGCUGCGAAUAAUUUUAUUACUUGUAUAAGAAAUGUAUUUAUCUCUAGUUAGGGAACAUUAGACUGUGCUCCCAUCCCUUUCGCGGCUCGAA